AUGCUUCCAAAUGGUACACGACAGCCGCCUAAGUCAGUUGACACUACUCCACCUCGCCGCACUGGAUACACUUCUAUGGAUGAUCUAGUGCCACAACGAUCGCGAGGAAAGCCUAGUAAACGACCAUCAGCUACCAGCAGUAGUCCUCAAUCCAAUGUGCAAUCGCCGCCAUCUAGCAUGAGCCAUGUCCAUCAGUCCAUGCCAGUCCAUUCCACACCAUCCAACACUGAUUAUACCCCUUACAGCAUCAGCAGAGAUGCACAGCGCUCCUCCGUUUCAUCUGAUAACAACAACAACAGCAGCAAGAACACACCGGAUAUAUACACUGGGCCCAUGACACCCACUGUAUCGAGUUCCACUGCCAACUCCAAGCACAAAUCCAGAGACGGUACUAUCGAUUCACUCACAUCUGUCAAAUUGAAACCAGCAGGCAUCAACUUUGAAGAGCUUAAAUCAGAAGCUGUCAAUUUAUGGGACGAAGGUGUAGAUGUCAAGUUGGUGGACGCUAAAAGCAAAAAGAAGACGGAAUGGUUGUCCUCCAGUGCCUUUUUUUCUGACGAUCCUGUGAUAAUGUCAUCUUCAUCCAACACCAACACCAACACACAAUACAGCACGCCAUUUGACAGCGCCACAUCCGUGGAUCAACAACGACCCAAGCAAACAUAUGCUGGUAUUGUGGCAGAUAAUUCGCCUGUGUGGGCAACUGAUGUAAAUAAACAGGCUUCUUCUGAGGCUUUAGAAUACGAUGCUUAUCCAGCACCACCUCCACCCCCACAACCCGCUUCAUCAUCCAGUGCGAGAGAUUCACCUGCCUGGGCUAAACAACCGCAGUACGUGAUUGAUUGGACUUCCUACGAGAACGGCACCAACACGAGAAGGUUCUUCAACAACCAGCAGCCAGAACAGCACGCAUCAUCAGCAUCAGCAUCAGCAGCGUGGAUGCCUCAAAAUGUCGCUCAUCCCGUGCAACACAUGGCUCCUAUGGUCAUGGUGCCGUCUCCCUAUAUACCCAUGUCAGCCAAUGGCUAUGCACAACAUCCAGCACAGCAGCAGCAGCAAGUUGCGUUGCAUGUCAUCACACAGGCUGAUAGAGAUUGGAUGCAUUGCUUUUACUCUGUCAUUACCAAGUUCAAUAUUCGCACUGUGGUGAAUUCAUUUCAGAAAAAGAUUGAUGGGAUACUUCAACGCUCACUGCAAGAUUUAUCACCUCGCUCCUUUGGCCUACUGCUAGAAGCAUUGACUGUAGUGAUGGAAUACGAGGCCAAUCUCUCGGUAUUGGAGACAGCGCGCAAGAUCAACACACACUGGACUACCUUUAGCUACUACUUUGUCCGCUUCAUCAAGAACUAUGCUACACUACCAGACGAUAUCAAGGUCAUUCUACAAUUCUCAGUAACCAUGUCAAGAUUCUUUCCCAAAAUCUAUCAAGAUCUGCCUAUGGAUGAUAUACUGCGCAUCUAUGAACACGCCAAAGGCAUCACCAACCAGGAUCUGAAUGCCGAGUUUUUGAAGCAGUUGCGUUUAUUGAAGGUUGUGUCCGUGGAGAGAUCCAGUGCAAGAGAAGGAGGGCUGCAUCGUGGCGAAUUUAGGAGUGAGUUGGACUACAGUUUGCCUUCUUUGCCUGUGGCGGAUAAUGUGGUGACUGAAGUAAUUGACAAGGUGAAUCCACUGCGAAAUUACGAGAUCAAGAAGGAAAUCACUAUUGCUAACAAGCUGCACAACCCAUGGCCCAAUGUCGACCUUGUCAACUAUACACUGUUCCACUUUUUGAUGCUGCGUGACGAAUUUGUGGGUCCUAUUCAAGCGGUCAUCAAGGAGCUGCUCAGGGGUUCUAAUUCCAGCAACAUCUCUGUGCCUGAAUGUGCUGUCUACGAAAAGACGUUGGCCUUGUCUAGCACACUGUCGUUCCAAACCUCGGAGCCUUGCAUUGUAUUCAAGUUGGGCCCUGCUUUGGCUACGGAUCACGUCGUCUCUGAUUUCGAGGAAGGCUCUUUGGUUUUGAUUAUGCCUGAAAAGCGGCCUGCUGCUGCCAGUCCUUCAGAGCAACACGCUGUCAAGAAACAAGUUGCCGAGAUUUCCAUGAUGGGUCAGGCCGUGCGUGCUCAAUCCAGUUACACACCCAAUGGUCAGCCACUGCGUUUGGUGUCUAUCCACAUUGACCGUGAUGAUAUCCACAAACUAGACUUGAGCCAUCGCUACACAAUCAUUACUUGCAAGAACAAUGCCAACGCCACCAAGGCGGUGCUCAAGUGGCUGUACAAUGAACACUUGAAGCUGGAAAAGAAGCACUGGUCCUCUGUGCUGACACCUAGAGUGCUGGCUGCCAAGAACAUCCUGUCUCAGGCACAGAUCACUUGCUGGGAUGAAGAGAAUUACGAACAAGCCAUCAUGACCAAUGGCGAUACGACCCCUGACUAUUUGGCUAGUGCCGAAAUUGACAUCUCAUGUAUCAUGACACGCAUGGGCAACUACCGUGCUCGGCCUGGUGAAGACAUUUGGCCCGCACCUACCUCACAUUUGGAGCAAACCAUUCCAGUAGCACGACGCACUCCCCUGUAUAACGUGUCCCCUAGUCAGCUCAAGGCCAUCAAGUUUGCAUUGACGCAUCGCAUUGCUGCCAUCUCGGGUCCUCCUGGCACUGGCAAGACGUUCCUGGCCUGCAAAUUGGCUCAAUUGAUGAGUGAAGCACUGACCGCUGGACAAUUCCAUCAACCCAUUCUCAUUAUUGCCAAGACGCAGUCGUGCUUGGAUGACAUCUUGAAGCCUCUUGUACAGCAUAUCCCUGACGUAGUGCGAUUUGGUAGUGAGCCUUAUGAAGAGGUACUCAAGAGCAAGUGCGCAACACAGUUGGCUGCACCUGCCAUGUCGGAUAACAACUACCGUCAAUUCCAAAUACUGGAACGUCAGCUGACCUCAUAUCAAGCCAAGUUGCAGACCUUGUUACAAGAGCGAACCAAGAUUUAUGCGCACUGUCCUGCUAUACUGUCUUCUGCUGUGCCACCUCCUUAUCUGUCUGCCAUGAACAGGGCCUACAGUUUGGAAUUCCACGAGGGUGCUGCCUAUCCACCCACACACGACACGUUGACACUGUGGAAGUCCUGGGCUAGUCAAGACAAGCUCACUCACAUCUAUCGCAAGACUCAGCUGUCUCUGUCUGAAUGGAACCAUGCCCAGUGGACGUUAGAGAACGCUUAUCUCAAGAGAGGGGGCCGUGGCAUUAUGCCUAUACUGGAUCCCAACGUGCUUCGUGCUCGAUUUACGCAUAUGGCAACCAAUUCUCCUCAAAUCUCGUCUAUCAGUGAUGCUGUGAACUGGCCAUUUGACAGUUCUGCUGGCACGGGCGCUCAACUUCGCUCUUCCCUCCUUCAAGUGUGGCGACGUGUGCCUGCUGAUCAAGUGUGGCACUUGGAGGCUGAUAAAAAGACACAACUGAUCAAUAGCUUGGUCAAGGUCCUUCUCUCGGCUAUUGACGCUGAAAUUGAAGACAUUUUGCAACAGCAACUCAAAGCAGCACAGUCCUACGACGAGAUCUUGAUUCAGAAAUGGACUUAUCUGUGUCGCUUCAACCGUAUCAUUGGCAUGACCGCUGACGUUGCUGCUGCUAACCGUGAGUGGGUCUCUACCUUAUGGCCUCGUGGCGUCAUCGUGGAUGAAGCCUCUGAAAUCCUGGAAUCGACCAUUGCCUCUAUCAUUAUGGGACCUCGCACUGAACAUUUGAUCCUGCUGGGUACAAGUGACAACUUGUUCAAGCCUCGUAUUACAAACCCUGCAUUGGCUGGUAAUCCUCGCAACUUUGAUGUUUCCAUGUUUGAGCGCUGGAAGGGAUCCAAUAGUGAAAUGACCCCGCUAGAAGAACAGUGGCGUAUGCAUUCUGAUGUGGUGAGUGUCAUUGACAAGUUUAACUGUAGCAAGGCCACUACUGAGUCUUCAUCACUGAUUACGGCGCCCAUGAUCACCUACAAUGAAAACAUGGUGGAUGGCAAGCACCCUAGAAUGGAGGCACUCUAUGGUAUCACGCAGCGUGCUUACUAUGUGGAUUAUCAGUCCAGUGAAGACACGGAAGCAGACGCCUUUUAUUCCAAGCUGGUACACACACAAGUCAACAAGGCAGAGGUCGAGGAGGCACACUACGUCGCUAGCCUUGCCGUCUAUUUGAGCCAGCAGCAAUACCCAAGCACAGGCAUUGCUAUCCUGACAGUUUCUAUUGUGCAAAAGUACUUGAUUCGUCAUAUACUGCGUGAAGAGAUCCCAAAGCGAACUUGUUUCACAAAGAACAUUGCUAAAAUUCACCUUGACACCAUUGAGCAAUACACUGGCCGACAAAACAACUUUGCUAUUGUAUCCACUGCUACACCAGGCCACUCGUCAUCUAGCUAUGAUAAUGUCACUCGCGCCUUGACGCGUGCUCGCUAUGGUUUGUAUAUCGUGGGUAAGCCUGGAAAGGAUCGUGUGCAUCGUCGCUGGGAUGACUUUGCCAGCUUUAUGAAGGACAGUGAAUUGUAUGGUCCAGCCAUCCAAUUGACUUGUGCCACACAUGGUAAUUCCUUGUAUGCUGGCCAUUGGCAAGACUUUUUGAAGAUGAAGAACGGUGGUUGCCAACAGCCGUGCGCUACCUUGAUGACGGAUGGCCAUGUCUGUAAGGAGGAGUGUCAUUUUGGUGGCCAUGAUCAAAUCAUCUGUCAAGAGCCUUGCAAUCGACUGCGACCCUCUAACUGUACACAUGCCUGUGAGAAGAAGUGCUUUGAAUGCUCCAAGAACGGUAUCUGUCCUCCUUGCUCUGUAGAAACCACAGUGAAAUUGCGUUGCGGUCAUACACAUGUAGGCAUCUGUCAUGAAUUGCAGAAUAUGAAUCGCAUCGAGUGUCAAGAACAAGUGCUUCAUACGUUUGCCUGUGGACAUGAGGCCAUAAUCAAGUGCUGUCAAUUGAGCAGGGCCGACGAAAUGAAGUGCCAUGUGCAAGCGGAAGUCCAGUUGCCUUGUGGACAUACUGUCAUGAGUCGAUGUGGCGUGGAACCAGUGUGUACUCAUGUGUGUAAUGCUGUAUUGGAGUGCGGACACAAGUGUCACUCUAUGUGUGGUGAACCUCAUUCGCAUGAUCGUAGUGAAUGCACUGCUAGUUGCUCCAAACAGCUGAUUUGUGGUCAUCGAUGCGCUAAAGGCUGCAGAAACCCUGAUGACCAUACAGAACGCUGUGCUGAAAAGUGCAACUAUGUAUGCUCCCAUGGAUACAAGUGUAGUCGCGAGUGUUACAAGGAUUGUAUUCGCUGUAUUAGCGAGUGUCCUUAUAUUUGCAAACAUUACAAGUGUACCAAGAAAUGCUAUGAGAUUUGUGAUCGACCCCCUUGCAACCAGCCAUGUAAACGUAUCCUCAAAUGCUCUCAUACAUGCUCUGGUUUUUGUGGCGAGCCCUGCCCUCCUUGCGCUACCUGCAACGGUGAUCUUAAAUGUUCUAUUACUUUGCGUACCUUGUCUGAAUUUGAGGAGAAUGAGAGAGUCUAUAUGCUCCCAGAUUGCGGUUGUGCUUUCUCUGCUGAAGGGCUCGACAUGUACUUUAAGAAUCAAGCCAAGAACGGAGAACAUACGGCUGUCAAGGUCUGGGGCUGCCCAACCUGUCAAAAAACCAUCUACACUGCUUUGCGUUACAACCAGUACGUCAAGACAGAGAUCAACCUCGUCAACAAGAUCAAGAUGCGUUUGGAAAAGGAGAGACAGCAAUUGACGCCUCAAGAAAGAGACCAAAUUGUAAGCGCGAUGAAUGAUGAAACCAGACAGCAUGCUAUUCACAACAUGGUCGGUGGUCGUUGGUUUGUAUGCGAAAAUCAACAUCCUUACUAUGUUGGUGAAUGUGGCGGUGCGACGGAAGUCUCGAAAUGCCCAGAGUGCGAUGCACCUAUUGGCGGAACCCAACACAAAGUAGUAGAGUCAAAUCGCUUCUACGGAGAGUUUGACGGUUCUGAGAAACCAGCUUGGCCUGGCCAACCUGGGGCUGACAGCUAA